AUGAAGGGUUCGCCCUGCCCUUGUCCUGCCCUGCCCAACUUCUGGCUGCUGGGGUCCCGCUUCAUGGCAGAAGGCCCCGGGACCCCAGCCCUGGGGAACGGCCCCCGGCUCAGUAUCCCACUCCUGAGAGCCCAGUACGAAGGGCAGCGGCGGCAGCAGCGGGCACAGGUGCACAUGGUGGUUCUCCCGACAGGGAGCCGUGCGCCUGCUCCGGGUGAGUCCAUGGUCAGCGCUGUCUGGAUCAACAAGGAGAGAAGGCUCUCUCUGCCCCCCGAGGAGGGGCACCCCGAGGCCGACAGAGCCUGCCCCCAGAUGCCUGGUUCCCCCUGGCGCACACACCUAGAGAUGCAUCGUUUCGCACAAGCCUUCCUCCAAGAAGCCAACCAUGAAGCACAACACCAGGACCCGCUCACGGGGUCUGAGCCCAGGCCGCCUCAGCACGGAGCCCCGAGGCGUGAACACCCUCGGGUGACAGAGCAGGGGACAAAGACCCACGAGGCGGCCCAGAGCACCUGCCAGGUGGACGGGCCCCCAGCCGAGGCUGAGGGAAGCGGCCUCCACCUGGGCCUGCAGUGUCUGCCUUCCCUAAGGACUGCACCCAGGUCUGGAAAACCUGCUCACUACCCCUUCCCCCAGCGGAAAGCACCCCGGAUCUCCCAGGCAGCGCGGAACCUGGGCUUAUACGGCCCUGUAUGA